GGCCGGGACCCUGCUGCUUUCCCAGGCACCCCUCCCUCUCCCAGGAGGAAGCCCCCCCACACCACACUCUGCAUUUGUCCAUUGAUUUAGACACAAACGGCCCAGUUCACCUUCCUGUGGAAAAAUCCGCCCUGGGCCUUGUCCGCAGGGUGGGGUGUCUGCGGCUCCCCCAGCACCCUGUCACAGCUUCCCCCUCCCUGGCUCUAGCUCUGGGGGCCACAGGAAGUCCUAGGAGCGGCUUCCUCUGGGCGGGUUCCUAGAGGAACAACAAGGUGGGGCCCAGCUGGCAGCAAGGAGGUCAGGGGCCAGGGUGUACCCCAGAAGCAGGCGCUGGGCCGCCUCUUCAGGGCUCAGGUGCUGGCCACCUGCGCUGGCUAUAAGGGAGCCCAGCAGGCCAUAGGGCUGUGCCGAGAGAGGGAGGGGAGGGUGACUGUGUGCUUGUCUUGGCGAGGAGUGGGGUGCCCCGUGGAGGGCACCCUCUCCUGGUGGAGGGACCCGUGCUUGGUGUGGAAUCCCUUACCUCUGGAGGCUGGGAAGGCCCUGACUGUGAGCAGUGACUCAGCCCCGGGCCCCAUUGGGCUGGGGGUGGCUGCAGCUGCAACACAGCUGGUGCUGACGCUAGGGACAGCCCCCGGACUGAGACAGGGCAGUCGGCGGUGCCAGGCCCUGGGUCGCAGCUCCUGCGCCCCGCCGUGCCUUUGCUUCCUGCUCGGAGGGUCUUGACAGGCACAGAGAAGGACAGUGAGGGGUAGUGGCUCUGAGGGCUGGCUGUCUGUUCCCCCAGGAGGCACAGCAGGCUGGUGUCUGGCUCUGCAGGGCUGGGACCUCUCCCUCGCCCCCCCGUCCCCGUAGCCCUGGGUCUGCAGGGCUGGGUCCUCUCCCUUGACCCCCCUGUCCCCAUAGCCCUGGGUCUGCAGGGCUGGGUCCUGUCCCCUGCCCCCCUGUCCCCAUAGCCCUGGGUCUGCAGGGCUGGGUCCUGUCCCCUGCCCCCCCGUCCCUGUAGCCCUGGGUUUGCAGGGCUGGGACCUCUCCCUCGCCCCCCUGUCCUCGUAGCCCUGGGUCUCAGAGCAGGGCAGGGCCUCCCAGCCGCUUCCUUCCUUCCUUUCUUGGGACGGAAACUGAGCUGGGUGGGGGGGGGCGUCCGACUGGAGCCUCCCUUAGCAGGGGAGGGGGCUCUGUCCCCACCCUGCUCCCCAAAGUGACUCAGCCCCCAUGUCCCCACCCAUCCCCGGGGAGCCGUGGGCCAUGGAGGGGGUAGAUAAGCGGGUGGCAGCCCAGCUGUGCUGAGAGCUCACGCCACUCCAGUGCAGCACCCUCAGCUGGCUGCGUCGGUCCACCCGCCCGCCUCCAUGGCCCGCUCCGGGAAUGCCACACCUCCGGGCCCCACUCCAGGAGCCCCUCCACGGGACCCCUCUCAGGGGCUUGUACAGGAUGCCAACGGGCCCCCGAGAGAGCUGCGUCCUCGGCUCUGUCACCUGCACAAGGGCCCGCAGGGCUACGGGUUUAAUCUGCAUAGUGACAAGUCUCGGCCCGGCCAGUACAUUCGUUCCGUGGACCCAGGCUCGCCUGCCGCCCACUCCGGCCUCCGCCCCCAAGAUCGGCUCAUCGAGGUGAACGGGCAGAAUGUGGAGGGGCUGCGGCACGCCGAGGUUGUGGCCAGCAUCAAGGCCAAAGAGAGCGAGGCCCGGCUGCUGGUGGUGGAUCCUGACACGGACGAGCACUUCAAACGGCUGCGGAUCACACCCACCGAGGAGCAUGUGGAAGGUCCACUGCCGUCACCGAUCACCAAUGGGACCAGUCCUGCCCAGGUGAGACUGGGUCAGGUGUGUCUUAGCAGAGGUGGCCCGCCAGGUUUGGACAAGGACACCGAGGAUGCCAGCAGUUGGAAGCGGGACCCAUUCCAGGAGAGCGGCCUGCACCUGAGCCCUACGGCAGCCGAGGCCAAGGAGAAGGCCCGGGCCACACGGGUCAACAAACGGGCCCCGCAGAUGGACUGGAACCGCAAACGUGAGAUCUUUAGCAACUUCUGAACCCCCUGCCUGCUGGCCGGGCCCUGCCUCAGGAGAGCCACUGUGCUGCUGGGGACCGCGGGGAGUGGGGGCUGCUGGGAGGCUGCCUGCUGUGGCCAGGGCCUUUACUGCUGGGCCCGGGCCUGCCGACAGAAAGGAAUUUGUGUUCUUGCUUUUUUCCCCCUCAAAAAAGUUCCUCAGCUCCACACAUGUUUCCACUUAAUACCAGAGCCCCUCCCCCACUCCCUCAGGAUGCGCUCUCUAAAUAAUCGCAAUAAAACCAACCUUCCUCUGCAAUCCAUUUUCUCCCUGCCCCCAGCAGCAGCCCUCCACAGGGGGGUCCUCAGGACUCCAGCACAGAGCCAAGUUGGGGGGUGGAAGGCUGUAGAAGCCAGAGGUGGCAGAGAGCUGCCCCUUCUGCCUUUCUCCCGGCCUGGAGAAGGCCACUGCUGGGUCAGCCCCAUCCAGCUUCUCUGGGCUGCCCCUCUGCCCCACUCCGGGGCUGGGACACAAUGACUCUGGGCUGUGGGCCUCAAAGAUGGAGGACUUCCCCGCCCCCCAGGGGGGCACCCCUACCUUGCGCCUGCCCGGCGCCCACCCCUGCCAUGCCUCUGCCCUGUUCUCCUGCCUCAGCGCCCGGAGCCCACUGGCCAGUACUACUGUCUGCCUUGUAAGCCAUAGCGCAUGUGCGCCCUCAGAAUAAACAGGCCUGCCUGGAA